AUGCCAUACCUCUCCGGGUUCUCAGAAAACCCUCUCCGCUCCCGUGCCGACCUGAUCCGUGCAGUAAUCGCCUUGAUCAAGCCACUCCACCCGUACAAAUCUUCCACCGGAGCACGCAUCAAGAUAGCGACAUCGACAGGCGCCGGCUUCAGCGAGACCGCCGCCCAACUCGAAGGCUACUCUCGCCCCCUAUGGGUAGUCGCUCCGCUCCUCCAUUUCAAAAUCAGCGCUUCGGACCCAGCGCUUCGAUCCCUGCUUUCCGAUGAAGGGCUGGGACUGGAGGAUUGGAUAAGAGGGUUGAAGGAGGGUACAGAUCCCAAGUCGCCAGAGUACUGGGGUGAUGUAGAGGCGAGUGACCAGAGAAUGGUGGAGAUGGAAACCAUUGCCUUCGCCCUUCUCGUCUCGCCCUUUACAUUUUCUUUCAUGUCCGACCCAGCAGCUCGCGCCAAUCUCAUCAAUUGGUUGAAGCAAAUCAACCACCACGCCAUGCCGCAGAACAACUGGCUGUUUUUCCGGGUCCUUGUCAAUCUCGCUUUGGUCCUAAGCCUCGGGGUACCGCUAGAAGAAGUCAAGAGCCACAUUGACGAAGCGCUGGACGUCCUCGACAGGUUCUACAUCAGCGAUGGCUGGAGCUCCGACGGGCCGUGGGGGGACGUGAGAAAACAAGCAGAUUACUACUCCGGCAGCUUCGCCAUGCAAUUCGCAGCGCUCCUUUUCGUAAAACACGCUUCCUCACUCCCAGUAUACGCCUCGCGAAUCGAGAAGUACAAAGAACAAGCGAAGAUGUUCGCAGCGGAGUACUGGCGGUACUUCGACAUUAAUGGAGCGGCGAUACCAUUCGGCCGCUCGCUAACAUACCGCUUCGCUAUGGGCGCAUUCUGGGCCGCUGUGUCGUAUGCUGAUAUCGAGCUCCCUCCUCCACUUGAUAUAGGCACAGUGAAAGGGUUGUUAUUAAGGCAUUUGAGAUGGUGGACGCACCGCCCUCACACCUUCAACUCCGACGGCACGCAGAACAUUGGCUAUGCGUAUCCCAACAUGUACAUGGCUGAAGACUACAACUCGCCUCAAUCUCCGUAUUGGAGUUUGAAAUCCUUCCUUCCUCUUCUUCUCGAGGAGGACCACACUUUCUGGACUGCGCAAGAACGUCCGCACCCUUUGACCCAAGACUCACCAUCCAUGGUUAGUUUGGGAAGAGUAAAACUCCUGUGGCCCCCAAGACAUAUCCUCAUCAGCAAUGAGGAGCAUCAUUUCAUGCUUUCCAGCGGACAGAGCACAACGCGCCGCUUCAAAGCGCGCGAAGCUAAAUACGGCAAAUUUGCUUAUUCUUCUGCGUUCGGAUUGUCCGUUCCCUGUGGGGCAUUUCUUGAACAGAUCGCGCCGGACUCGACGCUAGCGGUGAAAUUUGACGAUGGAGAGGAGAAUUGGAAAGUCCGCUAUGAGCCGUACGAUGUCGAGAGCGGGACCGUGACGGUGGAGGGUGGGGAUGACACACUGUUUCUGAGGAGCAAGUGGAGGCCUUGGAAGGAGGAUGUUGUGAUCCAGACGACACUCAUCGCUUCGACGCCGCAUUGGCCAGGCUGGCAUCUGAGAGUUCACCGGGUGUCGGUGCCUAAGGGGACGGACCCGCUGCGACUUGUAGAUGGGGGCUUCGCCAUCUCAGCGCAAACGACGCGGGAUGAAUCUAUUUUCGAGCAGCGUGUACGCACAGAACUCGACGCCGCUGGCUCAAAUAAGGUGGAAGAAGGCUGGUACAACGACGGAAAAGGAUGUCUCGUCAUUUCUUCAGCGGGUGCGAGUGGUGUUAUGGAUCUGACAGAUGACUUUGUCAAUAGUCAGGGAAAUGGGAAAAGUAUCAUCAUACGAGCGGAUCCCAAUACGUAA